GCAUAAAUUGUAUAACUAGUCAGGUGGCACAAUGUCUCCGGUAUAGUGACAAUGGUUUACUUUAUUGCACUUUUGCGAAAGGCAACAGCAAGUCUGUCACUGCAGCGCAAUGUGACAGACCCCUCUCUUGUCAAACAUAUUUAGUAGGAGUGGCGGCGGCUUUAUCUAAGUCCCAGUCCCACUGCUGCCGCCUCCCCCGCUCACAUCUCUUCCAGCCUUCACACUUCAGUGAGGAAGACUAUGGAGGAGGAUCAUUGAUGUUUGAUAUUUUUAUGAAUAAAAAUACAUCCGGAGUUCAGCGGGUCUAUGCCGGACACUUGUAUUGAACGCAAUGAUGGGUCCAUGGAAUGCUCUCCUCUACAUUGCAGUCACUGCCUGCCUAUUGAAGGUGUCCCUCCAAGGGGAGCCCCAGCGGAGGCUGUACAAGGAUCUUAUGGCCAACUACAACCCACUAGAAAGGCCAGUGUUCAAUGACACCCACUCCCUCACCGUCAACUUCAGCUUUAGUUUGAUGCAGAUCAUGGACGUGGAUGAGAAGAACCAGGUUUUAACAACCAACAUAUGGCUGCAGCUGUACUGGAAUGAUUAUUAUCUGCAGUGGAAUCAGUCUGAGUAUCAUGGGGUGGCCAAUGUGAGAUUCCCUGAUAGCCAAAUCUGGAAGCCAGACAUCCUGCUGUAUAACAGUGCGGACGAGAGGUUUGAUGCUACCUUCCAUACCAAUGUGUUGGUCAACUCCUCUGGGUCCUGCUCCUACUUGCCUCCAGGCAUCUUCAAGAGCACCUGCUACAUCGAUGUGCGCUGGUUUCCCUUUGAUCUCCAGAGGUGUGACCUGAAAUUUGGCUCUUGGACAUAUGGGGGCUGGUCUCUGGACCUACAGAUGAUCGAGGCAGAUAUCACAGGUUACAUCCCCAACGGAGAGUGGGACCUAGUGGAGGUGCCGGGGCGCAGAAACGAGCGCUUCUACAACUGUUGUAAGGAGCCUUACCCUGAUGUAACCUUUACUGUGGUGAUGCGUAGACGUACCCUCUACUAUGGCCUCAACCUCCUCAUCCCAUGUGUUCUCAUCUCCACCUUGGCCCUGCUCGUCUUCCUGCUGCCUGCAGACUCUGGGGAGAAGAUAUCACUGGGGAUAACAGUGCUGCUCUCACUGACCGUCUUCAUGUUGCUGGUUGCAGAGAUCAUGCCUGCAACCUCUGACUCAGUACCUCUAAUCGCUCAGUACUUUGCCACCACCAUGGUCAUUGUGGGUCUCUCUGUGAUCGCUACGGUUCUGGUCUUACAAUAUCACCAUCACGAUCCUGAUGGAAGCAAGAUGCCUAAGUGGACUCGGGUGAUUCUGCUCAACUGGUGCGCCUGGUUCCUGCGUAUGAAGCGGCCCGGUGAGGACCGUGUACGCCUGGCCUGCCACAACAAGCAUCCCCGUGGGAGCCUCAUCAGCAUGGACCUGAACGCCAGCGCCUCGGCCCCCCACUCCACCAACGGCAACAUGCUGUACAUCGGCCUGGAGAGCAUGCACUACGCUACAGCUGCCACCUCCCCCGACUCCGGGGUGCUGUGCGGCCGUCUGGUGUGUGGUGGGGGGGAGGACGAGGUGCUCUUGCCCACGCGGCCCACCUCUUCGGCGGGGAGCCUGGAGCCCGAUCUGGCCAAGAUCCUGGAUGAGGUGCGCUACAUCGCCAAGCGUUUCCGUGACCAAGAUGAGGAUGAGUUGGUGUGCAACGAGUGGAAGUUUGCUGCGUCAGUGAUCGACCGGCUCUGUCUCAUGGCCUUCUCUCUCUUCACCAUCCUCUGCACCAUCGGUAUCCUCAUGUCGGCACCUAACUUUGUAGAAGCCAUUUCCAAAGACUUCUUUACCUGAGAGCUUGAAACGUUCACAUGCUUUAGCCAAUAAAUACACUACAUUGUUUUUGAAAUCUUAUGAUUGCAUAAUCACAUUACAUGACACAUAGAUUACUUAUAUCAAAUGAUUGAAUAUUUGUCUGUGAUAUAGAGAGAGAAUACAUUAUGUCUGCAUAAAUAUUCAAUUUACAAGAUGUACAGUUUUUUCACAUUCAACUAUUUCCCUGCAGGAUGCUGCAGGAUGUCAUCUGGUGGAAAAUCGUGUUGUAUGUAACUGGCUUAAAGGAAUCUAGGCCUUAGAUGUUACAGCCAACAAACACAGAAGAGUUAAUAGCCAUGCCUUGUAUAGCUUUAUAAAUACCAAGGUUACUUCAAUUGAAUCCAAUGUGUUUUUGUCCACUUAAGUAAUUGCUUAUUGGCUACUCUUUUAUAACGCACUCAGUUCAAAACGUUUCAAAAGUUUUCUCUUAUGUGGUCUAAAGAAAGAUUGAUGGAUACCUUUGGGUUCAAGGUUUCUGUCAAAGUUAUUGUUGGAUUUGUGUUUGUAGAUCAUGUGGUGAUAUGUAGUGUGUAGUUUUCUGUGAUUUGAAAAUAUCCAUCACAAAAACACAUUUUUGAGUUUCGGCAACUUUAUUGCAUCAUCAUCAUCAUCAUCAUCAUUAUGUCUACAAGAACAAAACACAAUACUCCAUCAGAAUUAUGUUUGCACCUGUACAUUUAAAAAAAACGAAAACUGAUUUAAUUGCCUUUUUGUUUAUUUACUGAUCAUUUCCAUACGUCGUAGUGCUUGGGCUUAUAAAGCAUCCCUAGAAGAUUUGUAACAGGUGCAGCAUGUCCUCCAUCAGCCUGGUCUCAUAGACUAGACGUAACAUAGUAAAUAUAAAUCCGGGACUCUCAAAUUAGUAUAUUUUAUGUUUGGUAUGGUUACAUAAGACAGAAGGUUACUUAAGGCAAAAACAAAAGGAGGGUGGUUGGACGGGGUAGAUGGGUAGACGUAUAAUGCGAAUGUCUAACAACGCAAAGAUUGAAUGUUCAAAUCUCAUUAUGGACAACUUUAAAAUUGUAGCUAAUUAGCAACUUUUCAACUACUUGCUACUUUUUAACAACUUUGUAACUACUUAGCAUGUUAGCUAACUCUAACCUUAACCCCUAACCCCUAGCCUAGCUAACGUUAGCCACAAUAAAUUGGAAUUCGUAACACAUUAUACAUUUUUGAAAAUUCGUAACACACUGUACGUUCAGCAGAUUCGUAACAUAUCAUGCGAAUUGUAAUUUGUAACAUAGCAUACGAAAUGGAUGAUGGACAUCCACAAAUUAAUACAAACCAUACGAAACGUAACAUAUCAUACUAAAUCAAGUGUCUUGGAUUUACGUAAAUAAUAAUAUGAAAUGCUCUGUGACCAGGUGGCCUCCAUUCAUGACAUUCUCACUAAAGUGUUUGUUACCACUUGUUUUUUUAUUUUAUUUUUUUUAACAGUUUUACUGUAGAUGCUGUACAUGGAAUUUGAGGACUGAUUAUGUCAGCGCAUACUCCCUCUGUAAAACACAUGAAUGGAAUUUAACCUGUUUUGAUUUAACCUGUUUUUAUUCUAUUAUCAAGUAUGUGUGCUAAUUUAACCUGUUUUUAUUCUAUUAUCAAGUAUGUGUGCUAUAUACAGUAUAUGUUUUGUGGACUCUCACAAAUAAAUGUAUUUUUCUAGAUGUGAA